AUGGUUUAUCUAAAAACAUAUCUUUAAAUAGAAAGUUAACCAUAUUAAAAUGAUAAUAACCCUAAGGAAGUAUUAGACGAAAAAAAACUUGCCCCAUGGAUAUCUGAUUAAACUUUAUUAAUUAAAAAUCCCCUAUACAGAUUGCAUAAUGAAAUUAUUGAAUUAACCGAAUACCUAGCUCCUACAAAAGAAGAACAUGAGUUAAGAAUAAAAUCAUUUGAAAAUUUAACUUAAAUAAUUAAAUCCGUAAUACCAGAUUGUGAAGUAAAAACUUUCGGUUCAUUUAGUUCAAAGUUAUAUUUACCAAACUCGGAUAUUGAUAUAGUUAUAGUAAAAGAAGGAGAAUCAAAUAAAUAUUUAUAUAAAAAAGUUGCUGAUGUAGUCUUAACAUGUGAAGAUAUUUAUGAAAACAUAAGUUUCAUAACAAAUGCGAAGGUUCCUUUAAUUAAGUUUGUUGAAAAGUCAACUUAAACAAAUUUUGAUAUUUCUUUUAAUAAAGAAGAUGGAGUAAAAUAAUUACCUGAAGUAUAAAAAUGCUUAUAAAUAUAUCCAGAGAUUAAAUAUUUGAUUUUUAUUAUGAAAUGUAUAUUAAGAUAAAGGGAUUUAAAUGAAACAUAUACUGGUGGAAUCGGCUCUUUUUUGCUUUUUUGUAUGAUUUUAGCUUUUUUAAGAGAAUUAAGAAAAGAAUAUAAAGAUAAUAAUAAAGUCAGUGAAAUAAAAAAUAUUACUCUAGGCGAAUAUUUAUUAAAAAUGUUUAAGUUUUACAGCAACUUUGAUGUUGAGAGAAAAAAAAUUAUUAUGACAAAUUAAGGUGGAAUAUAUGACAAAGAUAAUAGAGAUCGAAAAUUUAGUUUAAUAAGUCCUUAAGAUUAAUCACAUGACAUAGGAAGCUCUUCUUUUAAAAUUAAGGAAUCCGUAUUUCCUUUAUUUAAGAAUAGAUUCUAGUUCUUUACUAAUUAUAAUUUCAAAGCGUAGGAAAGCGUAUUAAAAUAUUUAGUUAAUCCGUCUGGAAAUACUUUUACAUUUUAAAAAGAUAAUAGUUGA